AUCUCCCGGUUUGCGUGGAACAGAACACAAAAUAGUCAAAUAAUAUUAAAAACAAUCCCUCCUUUUCUCUAGUCAAGAGAAUCGUCACAAACAAAAACAAAAAAGCGAAGUAAGAAUUUAAAUAAUUUAUCACCAUUUUGAAUUGAAUUUUAAUAGCUUUUUCGCCAUUUGAAUUUGGGAUUAUGGGAGCUCUCAACAUCUGGAACGCCAUGGAAGUAGCUUCGGAAGCUUCGGAAAACUCCAUCUCUCAGAUCGCCUUUUCCCCUCUCUCCAUCGAUCCCUCCCUCUCUCUUCCUCAAAUCACACCUCAUGUCAUAGAGUUGUGUAAGGAUUUGUUCAAGAAAUGGUCUAAGCUCGAAGAUUCCCGCUUCUCUGUUGAGACUGUUUCCGGUGGCAUAACAAAUCUAUUGUUGAAGGUUUCUGUGAAGGAGGAUAAUGGAAAUAAUGUGUCUGUAACGGUCAGGUUGUAUGGGCCGAACACGGACUAUGUUAUUAAUCGUGAGCGCGAAUUGCAGGCCAUCAAAUACCUCUCGACUGCAGGAUUUGGUGCAAAUUUGCUAGCAGUUUUUGGCAAUGGCAUGGUGCAAUCCUUCAUUAACGCUCGAACGCUUACUCCAUUAGACAUGAAGAAGCCAAAGUUGGCUGCUGAAAUAGCCAAGCAACUGCGAGAAUUUCAUCAAGUGGAAAUUCCAGGUUCAAAGGAACCUCAACUAUGGAAUGACAUGUUCAAGUUCUUUGAAAAAGCCUCUGCUCUUGAAUUUGAUGAUGGGGAGAAGCAGAGGAUAUAUGAGACCAUUUCUUUUAAGGAGAUCAAAAAUGAAAUCAUUGAGCUCAAGGAGUUGACAGGCCUUUUUAAUGCUCCGGUGGUUUUUUCCCACAAUGACUUGCUCUCUGGAAAUAUAAUGCUCAAUGAGGAAGAAGACAAACUCUAUUUCAUUGAUUUUGAGUAUGGAUCAUACAACUAUAGAGGUUAUGACAUUGGAAAUCACUUCAAUGAAUACGCUGGCUAUGAUUGUGACUUCAGCCUAUGUCCAAGCAAGGACGAACAAUACCAUUUUUUCAGGCACUAUUUACAACCUGACAAUCCACAAGAGGUAUCUGAAAAGGAUCUUGAAGCUCUCUACGUCGAGGCAAAUACUUACAUGUUAGCUUCACAGUUGUAUUGGGCAUUAUGGGGAAUAAUUCAGGCUAAGAUAUCUCCCAUCGAUUUCGAUUAUGUUGGUUACUUCUUCCUGCGAUACAACGAAUACAAAAAGCAGAAGGAAAAGAGCUUCUCGCUAGCGAGAUCAUACCUCUCAGGAUCUGGGACAGUGUAAAAUCUCUCCCGGAAGCAUAAGCAGGCCUCUUUCUGUUGUGCAUUUUUUUUAGAAUAUUUCUAGUCAUAUUUUGCUUUGUGAUAUUCUUUGUACUCACUAUGUAGAACAAAAUAAGGAAGUGUGAACAAAUAAUAAAUAUCAAGGGCUCUUGGAUUGUUUGCAAUGUUAGUGAAAUCUUUUUGUAUUUGAUCUAUUUGUUUCUUUUUUUUUUUUUUUCCUUUUA